GGCGCGGGGGGUUGUGGGGUGGCGCCGCGGCGCCCAGCGAGGGAGGCGCAGGUGGAGGCGGAGCGGCGCCCGCUGAGGCUCCCGAGCUGUGCUGAGGACCAAACGACGUCAGUAUUGUGAAAGCACUUUGGAAGAAUGCUAAUCCCCUUCCAAUUCGAGCAGUCUGCUCAGAACAUCGACUGUCACCAUGGAUACACGCGUGUUCUUCGUAGCAGGUCUACUGGUACAUUUGGUGUUCUUUGCUUCCAUCUUUGACAUUUACUUCACCUCUCCUCUGGUUCACGGUAUGGCACCUCACUUGACUCCGUUGCCACCACCGGCGAAACGACUGGUUUUAUUUGUUGCUGAUGGGCUCCGAGCCGAUUCCCUUUUUGAGCUGGAUGAAGAUGGGCUUUCUAGAGCCCCAUAUAUCAGGAAUAUCAUGAUGAAUAAAGGCAGCUGGGGGGUAUCCCACACACGUGUGCCUACAGAGUCUAGGCCUGGACACGUAGCACUCAUAGCUGGUUUUUACGAAGACGUCAGUGCCGUUGCAAAAGGAUGGAAGGAAAAUCCUGUGGAAUUUGAUUCACUUUUCAAUGAAAGCCAAUACACUUGGAGCUGGGGAAGCCCGGAUAUUUUACCGAUGUUUGCCAAAGGUGCCACCGGAGGCCACGUCUAUACACAUUCCUACACAGCCGAGAAAGAGGACUUUGGAGCACAAGAUGCCACGAGGCUGGACACCUGGGUUUUUGACCAAGUAAAGGACUUCUUCCACUCUGCCAGAAGUAACCAGUCUCUGUUUUCUAAGUUAAAUGAAGGGAAAAUAGUUCUGUUCUUGCACCUGCUAGGAAUAGACACAAAUGGGCAUGCUCACCGACCAGCAUCGAGAGAAUAUAAAGAGAACAUCAAAAAAGUUGAUGAUGGAAUCAAAGAAAUCGUGACCCUCCUUGAAGGCUUUUAUGGAAAUGAUGGGAAAACGGCUUUCGUUAUCACCUCUGACCACGGAAUGACAGAUUGGGGGUCCCAUGGGGCUGGUCAUCCCUCAGAAACGCUAACACCCCUGAUUGUUUGGGGAGCUGGAGUCAGUUAUCCACAGCGAAUGGACAAGCAACAGUUUGAUGAUACAUUUUUAGAAGAAUGGAAACUGGAGAACUGGAAAAGGCUGGAUAUCAAUCAGGCUGACCUGGCACCGUUGAUGGCCGCCCUUAUAGGAGUCCCUUUUCCCCUGAAUUCUGUGGGCAUUUUGCCGUUGGAGUAUCUCAACAGUAGUGAUCAUUUCAAGGCAGAGAGUAUGUUUACAAACGCUGUUCAGAUCCUUGAACAAUAUAAGGUGAAAAUGAUGCAGAAGAAAGAAACCACGUUAUCGUUUCUGUUCACACCAUUUAAGUCACUUUCUGAUUCCAAACAGUUGGACAUUUUGAGAAAAGCCAGAUCUUACAUGAAGCAGGAGAAGUAUAAUGAAACUAUCUCCCUUUGCAAGAUGUUAAUUGACCUGGCGCUGGAAGGCUUAAACUAUUACCACACUUACGACAGACUCUUCUUGGGCGUUAGUGUUGUAAUGGGGUUUGUCGGUUGGACGUCUUUUGCCACUCUGAUCAUAAUCAAGUUCCACUCCAAUCUGGUCACUUGUGUUGUGGCAAGAACUAAGAAACCAACUGUUCUUCUGCCAUGGGGCUUUGCAGCUCUUGGAGUUUCAAUAGCGUUUUUCCUGCUGAUUCAAUCCUGUCCCUGGACUUAUUACGUAUACUGCUUGUCACCAGUGCCAAUAUGGUAUGCAGUUCUGCGAGAAUUCCAUGUUAUUCAAGACCUUAUCACAUCGUUGUUGACCUUUUCUGUGAGUCAUUCUGUUGGAUUUCUAAUAGUCUUCGCCCUUGGAAUUGAAAUAUUAGUUCUCAGCUUUUUCUACCGCUCUAUGCUCACGGUCGGUUUGAUCGCACUUGCCGCCUGGCCCUUUUUUACCCAACUCUGGACUCGAGCACAGAGAACCUCACUGAGCUGGGCUUUUUUCUGUCUGCUUCUGGCAGUGUUUCCCCUGAUGCCUGUUGUGGGACGAGAGCCAGCUGUAUUCCUAGUCACAGGAGCCGGACUCUCCGUUGCCUUGAUAUCCCUGUUAUCUGUGGCAUCUCUUUGGAAAAGCAGGAAUAAAUAUGUUCACGAGGAUUUGACAUUGCACUUUUGUCAGGUGCUGAGUACCGGGCUGUCUACCUACAUUGUGAGCAGUACCCAUAGCAGUCUGCUCCUGAAACGGGGUUUGCCCCUCCUGAACCAAGUCGGUAGCUGGCUUAUCCUAGCGUCUUCUUUGGUUGUGCCAUUACUGAGCCCCACGAUUCUCUUCCAGCGACUGCUCAGCGUACUUCUCUCCUUGAUGUCAACUUACCUGCUGCUCAGCACAGGGUAUGAAGCUCUCUUUCCUCUAGUGCUAUCUUGCUUGAUGUUUGUUUGGAUACAUGUGGAACAAGAAACGUUACAACUUUCUGGAGUUUCCUGCAAACAGAAGCUCACUAGCAUCCGUUUCUCCCAUAAUACUGAUCUAACUGAGUUUCGACAACUCCACUCGGACGACAUCCGCAGGUCCUUUUUCUUCGUUUUCUUCAUCGUGACGGCCUUUUUUGGGACUGGAAACAUAGCUUCAAUUAACAGUUUCGAUCCGGCUUCUGUGUAUUGCUUCCUGACUGUGUUUAGCCCUUUUCUGAUGGGAGCCCUGAUGAUGUGGAAGAUUUUAAUUCCCUUUGUCCUCGUGAUGUGUGCUUUUGAGGCUGUUCAAGUCACCACACGGUUAUCCUCCAAAAGCCUCUUCCUGGUCGUCCUGGUGAUUUCAGACAUUAUGGCCCUGCACUUUUUUUUCUUGGUCAAGGACUACGGAAGCUGGCUGGAUAUCGGGACCAGCAUCAGUCACUACGUGAUCGUCAUGUGCAUGACCAUCUUCCUGGUGUUUCUGAGUGGCUUGGCACAAGUGCUCACUUCCAAGAAAAUCCAAAUCGGCGGGCAGGCCAAACGCCAUUUCAUGUGAGGUUGCGGUGAUGUCGGAGCGGCCCCGCCCCCGGGGUCUCCGCUUCCUCGUGGUCCUCGUGUCGAUCCCUCGGGAGGGAAGAAGGAUCGGCGCGUCAUCCAGCCUCUCCGAGGAAGGAUUCAUCGGGUUUUAGGAAGAUCGAGAACGGGCUUAUAGCGAGAGCUGUUCCACAGUGGGAUUGAUGGUCAGCCGGGCAGAGAAGUUUCCACCGAGCCAUCCUGGAGCCCGGUGUGUGAACUUGCCAGUGGGGAUUCAACAGACCCAGGAAGAACACCUGGGUCUGUGCUUCAGUCAGUCAAUCAUGUUUAUUGAGCACUCACUGUGUACAGAACACUGUCCUAAGCGCUUGGGAGAGUACAGUAAGAGAAUAAGCAGAUACGUUCCCUGCCGUGAUCGGCUUCUUCCCUAUCUCUCCCCUGGGCCUCAGCUCCUUCGCAGCAGCUGGCACCCUGCACUGCGGCGUGCCGGCACUCGGGUCACCUCGGGGGGAGCCCCGCAGAACCGCCGCAGCCGUCCCCGGGGGGCCGCCGUCCCGGGGGAGCCCCGCCAACCGCGAUCCCGCCGAGACCUGGGACGGAGUAGGGCUGCCGCUUUGGAGUCUCGGUUCUAUUUAUCGUGAUUAUGUUGUCUCGUUUUUGUCCGGCUGUGUCCCCCGAUUAGACUGUGAACCCGUCACUGGGUAGGCAUUGUCUCUAUCUCUUACCGAAUUGUACGUUCCGAGCGCUUAGUACAGAGCUCUGCACCUAGUAAUGACUCAGUAAAUACUAUUGAAUGAAUGAAUCUGCCAGCUGUUUGGUUCCCGGUACCAGGAAUGUUUAUUUUCUAAAAUCCACACCUCAGGGUCACCACCUGAAAAAACAAGAUGGGCAAACGUUUAAAAAUAAAGUGCAUUUCCCCUCAGAGUGUCCACUGAA